AUGACCUCCAAUCGGUUGUGGACUGGGACAGGAAUUGGCUGGUUUAACGCCUCAAAAACAAAACUGCUCUCUAUUAAUCACCACAGAGAUCCUUCCCUACCUCCCAUUAGAAUGUCUGAUGCUCAACUCCACGAGAGAAGCUCUUUGCGACUACUCGGUCUCAAAUUGUCUAUUGACCUGAGAUGGAACAAAUACAUUGAGUCAAUAGCUUCGUCUACCGCUAGGAAAGUUGGCUCCCUGUGCCACGCCCGGAAGUUUUUCUCGUCGGAGUCGAGCCUUCAAAUCUACAAUCAACCAUUCGCCUUUGCAUGGAGUAUUGCUGCCAUAUAUGAACUGGAGUCUCUUCUAUUUUCACUCUCUCACAGACGUGCCGUCGCCUCCCUCUGUCCUUUUUACAAAUACUUUCACGGUAACUGCUCCGAUGAGGUGUUUUCGCUGGUUCCCAGACUUCAUGAAUUUAAGCGUUCUUCUAGGCUGGCAUCUCGCUCUCACCCUUUCACUGUCGAAACUGUUAAAUGUAGCCGUUUCUUCUACACCAAUAGCUUCAUGUCUCGAACCUCUCGCCUGUGGAACUCCCUCCCCUGUUUCUCUGAUAGCUAUAAUCCCCAACUAUUCAAAUGUAAUGUCUCCAGAUGCCUUGAUCUAUCCCCUAUCCUUCUCUUCAUUCUUUCCUCUAGCACUCCUACUUGCUCUCGCUCCAACUCUCUGUAA